AGCUUCCUUAAUCUGGUCUGUAGUUGACUGUUGUACUCCUAACCAGCGGCUAUGUCUUUUGUGGACACUCUGCGCCAGUGGGAUGAGGCUGUCACCUAUGCUGAGAGACAGGAUUUUCAAGAAGCACUCAGGAUUUUCCUGUCAAUCCAGGAACCAAACUCCAAAAUUUGUUUUGACAUAGGCUGUCUCCAUCUUCUUAACCAAGAGCUGGAUGCUGCAGAAAAGGCGUUUGAUUGCAGCAUACGCAAGGAUGAGCAUUUGGCUGUUGCUUUCUUUCAAAGAGGAAUCACCUUUUACAGAAAAAAGAGGUAUGAGGAGAGCUUAGGUGAUUUCCAGCAGGCCUUCAAAGCACUAAGAGGCAACCAGCUGAUAGAUUACAAAGCACUUGGCCUCAGAUGCAAAUUAUAUGCAUGUGAUGUUCUCCACAACAUGGCCCUGGCUGAGGCUCAGCUGGGCAAGUGGGAAAAGGCCCAGGAAAACCUUGUGAAAGCUCUCAACUACAAGACAGAGGCCAAGCUCAAUAUCAUUGACAGAGCUCUGCAGUCAACCCUGAAACAGAAACUUUUCAAACCAGUCGAGUUCCCCUCAAAAGAGCUAUUUAAGCCAAAUAAACACUAUGUUGCUGAGCUGGAGAAGAAGGACUAUCUGGGAAAAGCAAAGGUGGUCGCCUCUGUCGUUCCUCAGGAUGAGUUCUCUGGGUUUGCUCCGUUACAGCCGCAGGUUGAAGAUGGUCCUACUCGUCCAAAGGAACCUGAAGUCCUCAGGGCUUUGGAAGGAGAACCCCACACUGUCCUGUUUGAGUUUGUCCCUGAGACCAGUGAUGAGUUGGCUGUAGUGCCGGGCAAUAUUGUGUUUGUACUGCAGAAGGGCGCUGACAACUGGGCAUCUGUGAUCUUCAAUGAAAGAAGGGGACUUGUUCCUUACAAUUACCUGGAACGUUUGGAGAUCUCAUUGGCUUCUAAACAGAAUGAGGGAAAACGUACACCUCCCAGUCGAGAACCACCAACCAGACCUGAGAGAAAACAAGGUUGUACUCCAAGAGAUAACAGCAGUGAAGACACACAAUGUAAGGAAGAAACUACUGACAAUUCAUAUAUUGUCAAAGUCCGGUUUACAUUCACUUUUACAGUCAGGGUACCACCUGGAUCUCCCUAUGCCAUACUGAUUGAGAAAAUCAGUAAGAAACUGAAUCUCCCCUCUACUGCAAUCACCUUGAGUUUAACCUCCGAGGCCAAUGAACGAAGUGUGAUCGAUGCCAACACAGACAUGGAAAGAGUGUGGAGUCAUGUCAAGGAUAGACACAUCACCUUGUGGUGUAAAACCAAGGAGCAAACUGAUGGAGAGCCACAAACCGAGAUUCACUUGGUGGCACUUCAUUCCUAUGAGUCGUCAAACCCAGAGGAUCUCAGUUUUCAUGAAGGGGAUACAAUCACAUUGCUCUCUAGAGUGAACCAGGAUUGGUUGGAAGGAAAAUGUAAAGGGAAUACUGGUAUAUUCCCUGCAUCCUUUGUGGAAGAAGUUCCUGUGAAUGGCCAGUAAUUUAAAAGAGUGACC